AUGAGAUCAGAUGGCGCGCUGCUGCGUUUCUGUUUUGCACGUUGGGUGUUUCAGGAGAAACGGGAGUUUCCUACAGAAGUUCAAACGGUCCUGUGCUUGUGCUCACUGGAGUCUUUUGGUGAUGCAUCACCAGGAAAACAAAAAGAAAUCCAGGAAGCAGAUCCUACGUACGAGGAGAAAAUGCAAACAGACAGAGCAAACAGAUUUGAGUAUCUGCUGAAGCAGACUGAGCUGUUUGCUCAUUUCAUUCAGCCUGCUGCUCAGAAAACCCCAACUUCACCUUUGAAAAUGAAGCCUGGACGUCCACGAAUAAAGAAGGAUGAGAAACAGAAUUUACUGUCAGUUGGCGACUACCGCCAUCGUAGAACAGAGCAGGAAGAAGACGAGGAGCUGUUAACAGAAAGCUCCAAGGCAACCAACGUCUGCACUCGGUUUGAAGAAUCUCCAUCAUAUGUUAAAUGGGGGAAGCUGCGUGAUUAUCAGGUCCGAGGACUGAACUGGCUCAUCUCUUUGUAUGAAAACGGCAUCAAUGGUAUCCUGGCAGAUGAAAUGGGUCUUGGGAAGACACUGCAAACCAUUUCUCUUCUUGGGUAUAUGAAACACUACAGAAAUAUUCCUGGUCCUCACAUGGUGUUAGUUCCUAAGUCCACUCUACAUAACUGGAUGAAUGAAUUCAAGAGAUGGGUACCUACACUUCGAGCAGUUUGUUUGAUAGGUGACAAAGACCAACGAGCUGCCUUUGUCAGAGACGUGUUGCUGCCUGGAGAAUGGGAUGUCUGCGUAACUUCAUAUGAAAUGCUUAUCAAAGAGAAAUCGGUGUUCAAAAAGUUUAACUGGAGAUACCUCGUAAUAGAUGAAGCCCACAGGAUUAAAAAUGAAAAAUCAAAGUUAUCAGAAAUUGUGAGAGAAUUCAAGACUACAAAUCGGCUGCUAUUGACUGGAACUCCACUUCAGAACAACUUACAUGAACUCUGGGCACUUCUUAACUUCCUUUUACCAGAUGUCUUUAACUCAUCUGAA